AUGGAGACCGAGUGGCAUACAUUGGGUAAAGUCCAGUAUCAGAAAUGGACUCUAUACGGCAUGAAUUGGGCCUCGGAAGGUGUAAAAGAUCUCCGUGAUUUUGUAUCAUCUUGUGCUCCAUUUGGUGGACCCAUUGCUCUCUUACGUGAUCCUAAAAAGCUCGUCAAAGUAGCAUCCGACAAGACAUUAACACGUGAAUUACUACUAUUUAAUGCGUGUGGACAGAAAUUAGGAUCAACAGACUGGAAACAAUAUGAAGACAAGCGAGAGACACUUGUUGGUAUGACAUGGACAGAUGAAUUGCGAUUACUUUGUGUAUUUGCUAGUGGUAAUUGUGUAGCGUUUACAAUGACGGGAGAGGAAGAAACACGGUUUGCAUUAUUACCACCAGGUUCCAAGGACAGAGUUGCUACGUUUGAAGCAUGGGGUGGAGGUCUUGUAGCACUUACAGAGAAAAUGGCACUUGUACAAGUACUUGACAUUGACUCUGUGCGUCCAAAAGUAUCGUUACUACCAGAUUGUGGGCUAUCAGAUAUCAAUCCACCUACGUGUAUGGCAGUAUUAGAACCCAAGUUUCUAAAAAGCAUUUAUCCGGAUGUUUUGCUUGGUACGAGCAAUCGAUCAUUGGUGAUUGUUAAUAAAGAUGGAGGCGCUCAAGACAUGAAGCUACAGGAUUCCAUUUCUGCUCCCAUUUCAGCAGUAGCGAUCGCUCCGAACGGUCUUUUUAUGGCUUUGUUUUCACAGGAUGGUAUCCUGACAGUAUUGAAUACAAUGAUGGACAAGAAAAUUCUUACUUUUGACACACAAAGCAAAGCCAGUCCACUAAGUAUGCGCUGGUGUGGAGAAGACUCGGUGUUGAUGUACUGGCCAAGCGCUGGUUUAGUCAUGGUGGGACCUUAUGGAUCAUGGCUUCGUUUUCCAUACUCGGAGAACAUUGUUUUGGCACAAGAGGUCGACUGCUGCAGAGUCUACACUGCAUCCUCACAUGAUAUCGUGCUCCGGGUACCGACGUGUGUCGAAAACAUCAAGGGUGUGGGCUCUACUGCUCCAGCAGCGAUGCUGUACCAGGCUCUGGACGCCUUUGACUCGGGCGAUGCCAAAGCAGACGAACACAUUCGAUUUAUUCUGGGUCAAAACGCAUUGGAAGACGCUAUCAAAGACUGUGUGGAUGCUGCUGGCAGCGAGUUCGAUUACGCAUCGCAGACAAUACUGCUGCGCGCUGCAUCGUACGGCAAGUGCUUCGUAGAGUCGGCCAUGGAUGUUUCCUCGGCACUUCCAGGAGGCACUGGAACUGGAGGUGGCAACGCUAUGAUGGACACUGAGAUGUUUGUCGACAUGUGUCGCAAGAUCCGCGUGCUGAAUGCUCUGCGCCAGCAAGACAUCGGCUUCCCGUUGACUGUGACGCAAUUUGAUCGGCUCACGGCGGAGGUUGUGGUCAGUCGCCUUGUGGCGAUGCGUCAUCAUUUCUUGGCCCUCAAGAUCUGUGAGUAUUUGAAUAUCCCGACGGAUCGGGUACUAAUCCAUUGGGCCUGUGAAAAAGUGAAGGCGGCUACAUCGUCCAACGUAUCGGAUGAAGCGCUGGUCGCGCUUGUGCGUAAGAAACUGAAGAAUGCAACCCUGGUUUCGUACGCAGACAUAGCCAACUGUGCGGAGCGCGUAAACCGGCGGCGGCUUGCUACAAUGUUCUUGGAUCUGGAAGAAAACGCGUCCGACCAGGUACCACUAUUGCUGUCCAUGGGCGAAUUUGAGCUAGCAUUACGCAAGUCCCUUGAGUCCAACAACACAGAUCUCAUCUAUAUGACAUUAUUCCACCUCGAGCGCACUCUGCCAUCAAUGGACGAGUUCCGUUACGUUUUGAACCGUGAGCCGAUGUAUGCCGAGGCUGUGAAUCUUAUGCUUCUAUACUACCGUGCUACAAAAAGCUCGGGCAGCCCUGCGCUUUGGACAGAUGUGGCCAGCGCUGAGAACGAUCUAUUGCUUUCGCUUAGGACUUCAGACGUGGACGAGAAGAUCACGGCACUAAAGGAUGCAGCAACUAAGUACACCAACGCAAAGUUGACUGCUCAUGCCAAACUCACCGAGGAGCAGAUUGAGUUGCUGCAAGAGCAAGGAAAGCUGGAAGAGAAGCCCGAGAAUGUGAAGCGUCGGAAGCUCGUGGGUCAGUCGAUCUCAAACACGAUAAAGAUGCUACUGCGCGAUAGCAAGUACGAACCCAAGUUGCUGCCAUUGGUUGCUGCAUUUGCCAAGAAGUUUAAGGUACCGGACAAACGAUUCUACCGGGUAAAAAUCAAGGCUCUUGCUGAGACGCAGCAGUGGGAUUCACUGCACAAAUUUUCGAUGGAGAAAAAGAACCCGCCGUGCGGUUUCAAGGCGUUUGCCAUCGCGUGCCUCGAGGUUGGUGAGAAGCAGCAGGCCGAGAACUACACAGCUCGCAUCACGUCCGUGGACGAAAAGUUUGAGACGCUUAUCCAUCUCGACAUGUACAGCGAUGCGCUACAACUUGCCAUUAAGCUUAAGGACCCGGAAAAGCUUACGAAUGUGCGCAAUCUCUGUAACGACGAAACCAUUUGCAACCAGGCGGAUAAGGCAGCCAUGGAUUUGGGCUUUGUGUCAUAA